ACCACUACAACUGCAGCACCUACAACGACAACACCUACUACCACAACUACAACUGAAACUCCAACGACAACCACAACUGCAGCACCUACUACUACAACGACAACUACAGCUGAAGCUCCUACGACCACCACAACUGCAGCACCUGCUAUGACAACUACAUCUGAAGCUCCUACGCCCACUACAACUGCAGCACCUACAACUACAAUGACAACUGUAACUCCUACCACAACUACAACUGAAACUCCAACGACAACCACAACUGCAGCACCUACUACUACAAUGACAACUGUAGCUCCUACUACAACUACAACUGCAGCUCCAACGACAACCACAACUGCAACACCUACUACAACAAUGACAACUGUAGCUCCUACGACAACCACAACACCUACUACAACCAUUACAACAGAAUCACCUAUAACAACAACAACUGUAGCUUCUACAACAACAACUGUAGCUCCUACGACCACUACAACAGCAUCACCUACUACGACAACUACAACUGAAGCUCCUACGACAACCACAACUGCAGCACCUACUACUACAAUGACAACUGUAGCUCUUAUGAUUACUACAACAGCAACACCUACUACUACAACUACAACUGAAGCUCCUACGACAACCACAUCUGCAGCAACUACUACUACAAUGACAACUGUAGCUCCUACGACUUCUAAAACUGAAGGACCUACUACGAACAACUACAACUGAAGGUCCUACGACAACCACAACUGCAGCACCUACUACGACCACUACAACUGCAGCACCUACAACGACAAGUGUAGCUCCUACGACCACCACAACUGAAGCACCUACAACGACAACAGUAGCUUCUACGACAACAACUGUAGCUCUUACGACCACUACGACUGCAGCACCUACUUUUACAACAACAGCAGA